GGCUCUCCCCUUCGUUCGUCCGGUGUUCUUGUGGGAUGUCCUCGGCCGCGCUUCCCAAACUGCUUCGAGCGGCGCGGGAGACUGCAGCGAUUGAGAUAUUCGAGCGAGCGGUGGUCGAGUGGUCGAGGAAAUUGCAAUGACAUUGGGAAUUCGCCUCGUCAGUUCUGUCGGCCGAUCCCUUGGACCGAUUGUCCUUUCUUUGUCUUCUAUCGUGGUGAACUGGCGAGUUUUCUCUUUCCCGACGCUGGAGCGAUUUGGUUCUUUUUAGGUGCGACGUAGAGGCGGUUCGUUCUGUCGAGGAAGGCGAUUUUGCUGGUCAGGGUUUUCAACAGGAGGCUCGCAACUCUUAAUUCCGUGAGAGAUUAGAGAUGGAUUGGGCCCUCGUGUAUUCGGAACGCGCGUGGAAUGCAUUUGGAAGCAAAGUUCCUUCGGAUGAUUAUUGAACUGAUGGUCCUCGUCGAAGAACAGACGUAAUGUCUCCGGCGUUUGCGUCAGCCUCGGAAAUGGGCCGUCACGACAUUGCCCCUGUGGAAUAUGAUUGUCUCCACAGGUGCCUCUCCGAUCUAGCGCUCGUGGAUCUGUUGCUUCAUGCCAGGCUUCGAAGGCGCAGCUUCUGCAGUCACUUUCUGCGUAUCUUUCAUGUGUGGCCUCGACGAUGUCUGCCUCUGCCGAUGACUACUCACUGUCCGCCCUGGUGGGGACCUUGAACGUUCGCCUUCAAAACGUGGAAGUCAUCGAAUUGCACAACUUACUCGCUCGGGAGCUCAAGAAUCAUACGGAACGUCUUGCGGGACCACAUUCCUCAAGCCAUAUCUGCAGCAGUGCUGAAGGAGACAGGUCGGAUGAGAUUCUUACAAGGACCUUGCAUCUCGAGGUUGUUUCUGAAACACUGCGUUGCUGCAUACGAAUCUUACCACUUGUGGACUGCUUCGACACUAGCGUGAGUCUAAGGGGUGCUGCUUUGCUGGAUUCCCUCAUGCAGCAGCUAUGCUCCCCAGCAAGUCUCUGUGAGACACUGGUGAGGUUGUUUAAACACGGUGGACUGAGGGAGAAGCAAGAAUUCUCAACCAUUUCUAAUUGGCGAACUGCAAAGACUCGUGGGGGCAAGAAUGGACCUCUAGCUAACUUAACACAAAGCAGUGAUUCGUCCUCGCGAAGUGAUGCGGCUGGGGCUCCCGAUGCAGAUUUCCAAGUUGAAACCCAACGACGGAUGGAGGUCUUUUUUGCAAUAUUGGAGGUGUACAUGGACGAAUUACUGCUCUGCCCAGACCUAGGAGCGCGCUUGCUAUCGUUCCGGAAUGAGACGCGAUCGUUCUUCAAGGAGGAACAGUUGAUGUCAUCAUCCGCCCGACACACCGAAGCAUCACUUGAGGCUGCUUUUGUUCACGCCCUCCUAUACUGCUUAUCAAAAUUACAUACGCACGGAUCUGGGAACACUGCUCCUGAGGAUGGAUUGCUUGUAUGCAACCUGAGCUUGCCAGCAAGUCUGCUUCUACUGGAAACGUUAGCAGUUGAAAAGAUUCCAGCAAUUUACAUGAAACACAUUUUUCAGCUCGUAGCCAGAGUUCUUGACAGCAGUGCAUCUCGGGAGGCCCAAAUGGCGGAGAUGACGAUAUUAACUGGACCUGAGGAAUGUAGUUUCUGGUCGGGGGGAAUAGACUGGUCCUACUGUCUCAAGCGGGUAUCGAGAAAGCGCGAUCCUGUAGAGUGGAUUCUCAGACCCAGAAGCUCAUCGUCAGUAACUACUGUUCACUUUGCGUCGUCAAUCUUUGAGCAGGCGAUGAUGCUUUUCAAAAAAAUUUCUACUUCGAGUACAGGAGGUGAACCUGGUGGCUUGGUCUUGCCCCAGAGUGCCGACAAUUUGCUUGUUAAUAUUUGUGCCAUGAAAUAUAGAAGUCUAGCGGAAAUAUUAUGCGAGAAUUCUGAAAUGGAGCCGUCGGAAUUCUUUGCCCGCUUUGAAGGAUAUGCCAGUCAAGUGUUGGAUCUUGAGAGAGCAACAUUUAGUAGGGAGUCUGUUGAUAUCAUUUCUUCCUGUAGCGACAUCUACCUCGAAGUCGUUGAGAGCUACGUUUGCCAUGACAGUCAUGUUCACAAAGCUAGAAGGAACACUGACUCCCUUUCGGUGGAAAAGAAUGGAUAUAGGUAUGGGGACUCUUCUUUGGUUUCGGCUGCCUUGCAGUUAGGCAUUAGUUCACUGGAGUGUAUCACCAGAGAGAUCGGAAACAUGCUACGCUUCUCAUCCGAUACUCCCCAUCAAGUUUCCAGUGAACAGCAGAGGUCGGCAACACUUCAAGCGGACGAUGCUGACAAGAUUCUGGAACUCGUGAGUAUGUACCUGAGUUCAUUUUUACCUAGUGACGUCCAGGCCUGUGCCGAGUUCGUUGACUGCCCUUCUGGAAAGAGAGAAACGGGAACCGUCCGUCGUGGUCAGAGUUCUCUAAUCGGUUCUGUAGGAAAGGCGAUACUUUUCUUUACGAACAUCUUCUGUGGUCAAGUUCAAAAUGGAGCACCGGAAGAACUACUUGAGGAUUAUUUUCGUAUUUUGGAAUCAUUGGUAGCCUUGCUACUCGUUGUCGACGGGAAAAGGAGCUCGACGCCUUCUUCUGACCUUUACUCCACUGAGCCCAAUCCCAACGUUUCUUGCGACAGAACAACUCAUGUUCACGAAUCCAGCAUAGGGAUUCGUGAAUACGAGAGCAGUUCCUUCUCGUGGUUGGAAGCUAUGGUCCUUCUUUUGCAGAACAUGCUUCAGGAGGUGUCAGCGCAGCAGCGGCCCUUACCGGAGUUCUUUCUAGACUUUGUCUUGGAGAAGGUUUCCAGAAGCGAUGGUUUGAAUCUAGCUGCUAUGGCAUUCACCGGUUCUCUCGAGCCAUGUCGAGGUGAACGAGAUCUUGUGCUCCAGAUUCUGCAGUUAGCUCUGGAGAAGCCAACGAGACUAUCUUCCUUUUCAACUCUCAUUGGUUACAUAAGCGAUAUGUUGGAGGACCUUCUGCCCAUUACAGCAAAACUCUCCUUACCUGAAGUCGCUGAGUCCCUCUCCUGCUAUGAACAUGUGGCAUCAAGCUUUACUCUUGCAUGCCAAACAGCAGUUUCUGGACGGGUUAUGGUUCUCAGGAAUGACCAGGAAUGUCGUUCUUGGUUGCUGUCUAGAAUGUGUGAAGGUCUUGAGCGCCUCUUUACAGAAGGCACUGCAGUUGCUGAGUGGAUCAGUAAUUGGAACCGCUCCGUGACAGUUUCGAAUUCUCAAAGUUCUUGUCCUGGUGAAGGACAAAACAAGUGUGGGGCGUCAUCUACAGAUGCAGAACAGCUUGAGUGCUGCAACCAUUUCCUUGUCCAAAUCGAGAAGCUGCGGAGAGCCGUGUAUUCCAUGCGCAAUGCAUCUGACUGGUUCCUGAUAGCAGAAUUGGAGCUUUCAUCUUUGUCUUCAAAAUCCAGGACCUUUUUGGAGGCCUUCUUGAGACUGAGGAUGACCGUCGACAAACCUAUGUUUCCAAAGAGAUGCUUCUGUUUAAGUGAGGAAAAACAGAGCCUCCAUCCAGCCACAGCUGUGGUAUCAGUUGAGCUAGAUUCCUUGAUGAACAACCAGCAGGAGGAAGCUCGAAGCAAUGGAAUGUGUGAUAUCAGCUUACCCGGCAGAAGCUGUAACAAAAAAGUUUCCGAAUCUGAAGAGUGUGAUUCCAUGGCUGACAUUGGUACAUCCCAGGAGGACAUUGCACGGAUUGCAGUCGCUGAUCCACUGUUACCAGGAAGGGGAUCUCCGUGCGAAGGUAGUCCAGCUGUAGAACCGAUCCCUCAGGACUCCGAUGCACUGAUGCACGAUUCUGCUAAGGACCCAGACCCAAGUUCAGUCAAUAUCGACUGCCCUCUUUCAGUCAGAGAAGACGACUCACAUUUUGAACAUGCUUUGAUUUGCACUACACAAGAAAUCCAAUUAUGUGGAGAAGGAACUACUACGACUGGUUUUCCAGAUAACCGCGAGGUGUACAAAGUGGCCAUGGUAGGAGAGCCAAGUACGAACACAGUGAGAGAACACGACUCACGUGGCGAAAAUGUUCAUGCGGACACUCAACAAAAAGGUCUAAAGUGUGGGGAAGAAAAGACUUCAACUAAUUGUCCUGGUAAGGAUGAGCCGUCUAAAGUUCCCGUCGUGGGCAAGCGGAUCACAAGGUCUUCAGCCUUGUUGAUGGCCGAGUCUUCACAUCAUGUAGGUGAAGCAAAGUUGAGCGAUGCCGAGAUUGUGAGUGACCCGGUAGAGCUUCCGAACUCGAAGAAAAGACAGAUUCAUUCAUCUACCACAUUAGCAAUUGCCAAGAGAUUCAUGCAGACGCGCCAAUCAUCAGGGAAGAGGGCAAAACGGGAGAAUCAAAACUCCACGGACAGGUACAAGGAAGUGUUCGAUCUCGUUCCACUUACUUCAAGGGAACAGGAAACAGUGGAUCUUGAAAUCGAACAACCAAGACACAAUAUUGAUGCAAAGGAUCAGGAAGUAGCUUGUACUGAAGUUGUCUCCAACCCUUACAUACAUACUUUGCUUCAAGCUGAUUCUUGUCAGGAAAGUUUCGAUGACUUGAACGACUUCAUUGUGUGCAAGAAGGGGAGAAAUUAUACUCAGUGGUUGAAAAAUCGUCAAAAGGUGAGACGAAGGCUACACAACAGGAACCUCUUCAAGAGACUACAAGAGAAACGAGAUCUCUUGCUUCUUUUGGACAUAAUGGAAUAAUAUACUCAAAAAUAGGGAAUGUAAGAAUGUCGGAGUAGGGUUUGAUAUGAAAUCGUGGUCACUCAUCGUGCAGAUCAAGUCCCAAAGAUUUGGGAAUUGAUCAAAGUGUACAUCAAUUAGCUCAGGACAGAUAUAUUUAGCAAUUAGAUCUACGUUAAACCCAGGUAAUCCCGCUCACGAAUAUAUGAUGAGUUCUGGGAGGACAUGAAGCGGAGUCAAAAUCAACUCCCAGUACUGGGACCAUGUAAUCUAGUGUAUCAACUUGUCACGCAUUGUGGCAAAGCCUCAAUUCUUUGUGCUCAAUAUUGAGCCCGAAUCAGAGAAAAAUUACUUCUUAAUCAGAGGCUAUGUCGG